CUCGUACGACAUUCCUGCGACGAGCGAGCGACACUGCGGUUGUACUCCGCGUUGUACUCUGGACGCGCGCGGCACACAUCAACUGUGACACUCACACUCAACGGAGGCCAACGGAAAAACCAGCGUUUUUCGUCGUUUUUUUGCGGUGUUAUUGUUUUCGCGUUACAGUACACCUGUUUUCGUUUGCGCGGCACACGGACGCAUCAAAGAGACCUCGACCCAAAGGCCGCAAGCCACCGACAACCCCGCAGAAGGGUGACACGUUCGCAAGAGCAACAGCCCACGGAAAUUCGCCGAACAUGAGGGCCGUCGUCCUGUGCGCAGCCCUGUUCGUCGUGCCCUUGUUCGCUUUAACGCUCAAGGGCUCCGGACCCGAUGGACCAUCUCCUGUGCAUUUUGAACCACAAGUGGCUGUGUUGUGCGAUUCGAAAUCAGAUACUUCGUACUACAGUCAAUAUAUGUCGGAGAAUGGGCGGUGGACAUCCGAUACAAAACGUAAAGUUGGAUGCCUUAAGGAAAAAGUUGACAUUUUGGAUUAUUGCAAAAAAGUUUACCCGAAGAACGAUAUCACCAAUAUAGUGGAAUCAAGCCAUUACGUGAAAAUUGGAAACUGGUGUAAAAUGGGAUACAACAAAUGCAAGCAUACUGACUGGGUGAAACCAUACAGAUGUCUUGGUAGUAAUUUUUACAACAAUCACGGCCACGCUUUGUUUAUAUCCACAGAAGGACAAUUCCAGAGCGAUGCACUUUUAGUUCCCGAAAACUGCAUAUUUGAUCAUGUCCACAACCAGAGCAAGUGCUGGCCGUUUGACCGCUGGAACCAGACAGCUGCGCAAGCUUGUCAGGACCGCGAUCACAACUUGAGGAGUUUCGCCAUGUUGCUACCGUGCGGCAUUUCUCUUUUCUCCGGUGUCGAGUUUGUCUGCUGUCCGUACAAAGAUAAAAUCCAAUUAAAGAAAACGGCACCGAUUGCUGCCACGGACAGUCUGCUUUCGUCCGAUCAAUUCGACGUUGAAGAAGACAUUGACGACGACGACGAUGACGACGAUGAAGAUGACGACGACGUAAACGACGAAGACGACGACGAUGACGACUACGACAACUAUGACGACACACCGGCAGCUCGCACGUCUUCCACGACAACCACUACAACGACCACCACUACAACAGCGGCUCCGACUACGGUCAAAGCGACCACCACGACUACCCAAAGACCGCCGACCACCGAGGGUUCGCGCACCACACCGUCCGGACCUGUCAGGAACCUGCCGACCCCCGACACGUAUUUCACACACUUCGAUCCCAGGGACGAGCACAAGUCGUACAAAGAGGCUUUGAACCGGCUGGAGGAAUUGCACCGAGAGAAGGUGACGAAAGUCAUGAAAGACUGGUCGGAUCUGGAAGAGCGUUACCAAGAGAUGCGAUCCAAGGACCCGCACAUGGCCGAAGAGUUUAAACAGCGGAUGACACUGCGAUUCCAACAGACCGUCCAGUCUUUGGAAGAGGAAGGAUCUGCCGAAAAGCAUCAACUGUUCGCCAUGCACCAGCAAAGAGUGAACGCGCACAUUAACCAACGCAAGAAGGACGCCAUGAACUGUUUCAUACACGCCCUCAACGAAAACACCCCAAACACGCAUAAGGUGCAAAAAUGUCUUCAAAAGCUUUUGAGAUCACUGCACAAGGAUCGCCAUCACACCAUAGCGCAUUACCGUCACUUGUUGGCGUCCAGCGUCGAACUGGCCGAACGUGAAAGAUCCGUGACUUUGGAACAUUUGGUCGAUAUCGAUCACAUGAUUAACCAAUCACUGCAGAUGCUCGAUAGAUACCCGUCGUUGUCGCGCAAAAUAUCUCAACUGAUGGCCGACUAUAUCCAAGCUCUCAGAAGUAAAGACGAUACACCCGGAUCGUUGUUGGCGAUGACAAGAGAAGCCGAAGCGAGCAUACUAGACAAAUAUAAGGCCGAAAUAACUUCAUCUCAGAGCGACAAAGAACACGAACUGUACCCAGUCGAGAAGGAACGCAAAGAACUCAAGCACGAACAGGUCGAGUCUAAAGAAGCAAAGCUCCAGGUGGAGACGGCAGCCGAGUUCGACGCCAACGACAACACCGCACCGCAACGCCCGAUUACACCGACCCCAUUGCCCACAACAGCAGCCAAGACCGAACAAAUACCCGCCGUACAGCACCACGACCAUGACUCUGAGCCGAAGAUCUCUCAUUCUCAAAUCCACGACAUGAGUCUCGGAGAAGUGUCGUUCUCAAUCCGACGAGAAGGGUUCCACCAAGAAUCCCGAAGCGUCUACUUGACGUUGGCGUUCGCAGGACUUUCACUGAUGGCCGCAGUUUUUGUCGGAGUAGCUGUGAUUCGCAGACGAAACGCUAGGUUACCACAAAAUCAAGGCUUUAUUGAAGUAGAUCAAGGAACAUCGCAAGAAGAACGUCACGUAGCCAACAUGCAGAUUAACGGAUACGAAAAUCCCACUUACAAAUAUUUUGAAGUCAAAGAACAACAAUAAAAAACCGAUAACCCAUAUAGCGAGAUACGUACUUAAGAAAGCGAUUUUAAUCAGCCAGCAAUGUUUUUAACAAUAUAUAAUUAUACAUAAUAACAUUAUAAAAAUAUACAAAAAAAAACCGAACGUGCAUGAUACAAAUAGGUAAAAGAUAUUAUUUAGAUCUGAUUAAUUAAAUAAUAGUUUAAUAUAAUAAAGCGUGUCCUGUAGUUUAAAAUCUCAUUUAUAGGAAAAUAUUAUAUUAUUAUCGUCAUCACGAAUGCAUCUGUUAAAAACACAUAUCCUUAAAUCAUUCCAGAAUUUUUAACCUAACCUACUCGUCAUUCUAGUCAAACAUGUUUUUUUUUUAAUAAUAAUUAUAAUUAUACUUUUAUGUUUUGGUUAGUAUCGUGUUUGACAUUCACAGUACCGACAGAACUUGAAAACCACCUAAAAAAACGUGUACAUUGUAAUUUAUCUUCGACCUUUGUCUAGUGCUUUUUAUUAUUAUUUUUUAAUCGUAGAGCAACAUCAGCCUUAUUAAUAGUUAGACGUUAUAUUAGUUAGAUACUUGAAUUAUAACAACUGUUUAAUAAUAUUUGAUUCUACAAGUUUAACAAAAACGAUUACUAAGUACAUAUUAUACUAUAUUUGAAAAAAAAACAACAGUUCCAAAAGACAUCAUCCAAGAAUAACCAAAGAAUGUAGGUAAUACAAAUAUGCUCUUGUCGAGGAAUACUUAUACUAUCGUUCAUUUGAUUUUUCAAGCAAAAUUAUUGUAACAAUGACAAUAAAAACAAAAAAACAAUAGAA